AUGACCGUCGACCCCGAAACAGCAAUCCAAGUCAAGCUUCUCACCCUCCUCAACGUCAGCGCCGUCAAGCGACCCAGGGACAGAGACCUCCCAGGCGGCCACCGCUCGCCCUCCGUCCGAGACCAGUCUGUUGCGCAAGGCUCCGAUGCCGGCGAGCAGCCCGCGAAGAAGAGGAAGAGUGUGAUCUGGGGUGGCGAGAUUGGACCCAGUGGAAGCCAAUUCAACAAAAGUGGCAAGGGAAAGGGCAAGGGCAAGGCUAAGGCUGAAGCCAACGGAAAAUCUGCUGUCAAUGGCAAGGGUGCCGUGAUCGACGAAGUGCAGAGUGGACCUGAAGAGGAGCUGGAAGUGGAUGAAGAGGAGUCUGAUGAUGAAUCCCAAGCAUCAACAUCUGCCGACCUUUUCAACCUUCACUUUGGUGCCGAACCUUCAGUCUUGACCCCCGAGUCGGUGAAGGCGGCGGAGGCUAAUCAGUGGAAGUCUGAAAGAAAGACAAUGAAGGGAUUCGGGAGGGCUGUAGAGUUCACGCCCGAGGGUGCCGUUGCAUUUGGAGAUGUCAAGACAAGAAUCACCCCUUCGUUACUACCUGCCAUCAAGGAAGCUUCAUCAUCCAACCCUCUUCUCUCCACAUCACUGUCUCACCUCGGCUCCUACAAGGACUUCUACCUGCAUUCCCUCGACGGCGAGGCCGACGGGUCUGAAAUCCAGUUGAUGAGCGAGCACAAGGAGGCUAUGAGGAAGGCUUCCGCUAUCCAUGCUCUCAACCACGUACUCAAAACCCGACGCAAGAUUAUCCGAAACAACGAAAAGCUCGCUCACGCUGCUGCCGCCGAGAACCCCACUUCCGUUCCCGAACCUCCUCGAGACCAAUCUUUCACCCGACCCAAGGUCCUGUUCCUCCUCCCCACCCGAGCCAUCGCUCUUCACUAUCUCAAAAACCACCUCUUCCCUCUCGCCCCUGCCGGGACCCAGAUUGAGAACCAACGCCCCUUCACCACCUCCUUCUCCCUCCCCGAAGACGAGCAAGACCCCCUCGCAUCUUCCUCUGCUGCUUCAGAGUUUCCCAUCGACCACCUCGCCAACUUUCGCGGCAACACUGACGACAACUUCCGUUUCGGCCUGAAGCUCACGCGUAAAGCCUGGCGAGUCGUCAUGAUGCCGGCCAACGAAGCCAAGUUGAUGGAGUGCGACAUCCUCUUUACGAGUCCUCUUGGUUUCAAGAUGACUUCAGAGAGGGAAGACAGUACGGAUUUGUUGAGCAGUUUGGAGAUUACUGUGGUGGAUGGGGCGGAUGUGAUGCAGAUGCAGAACUGGGAGCAUGUGCAGUUCAUCUUCAACAACAUCAACAAGAUCCCGGCUAGUCCUCAUGGCUGUGACUUUUCCAGAGUCAAGCCUUGGUAUCUCGAGUCCCAAGCUCAAUACCUGCGCCAAACCAUCAUCCUCAGUCGAUAUGACACUCCCGAAUCCCGAGGCCUCUUCAACCGCCACUGCCGCAACCUGCAAGGCAAGAUCCGAUUGGAGAAGAACGACUUUGGAGGCGUGAUGGACCGUGUGCGACCUGGUGUGAAGCAAGUGUUUGAGAGGAUCGACUUGGAAGGGCCGAAGGGUAUGGAGGGCGAGGCUGCUGUGGACGAAGUGGAGAAGCGAUUGACUUUCUUCACCGAAAACACUCUCCCCGCCCUUCUGCGUGCCGCCAUCUCCCGCCAAAACACCCUCAUCGUCGUCCCCUCAUACUUUGACUUUGUCCGCCUCACCAACUAUCUCCGCAAAGAAGACAAGGUCUCCUUCGCCGCCAUCUCCGAAUACUCCUCCGGCUCCGAAAUCAGCCGAGCGCGUACCCUCUUCUUCAAGGGCAAGAAGGCCUUCCUGAUCGUCACGGAGCGAUUCCACUUCUACCGUCGGUACAAGCUUCGAGGAGCCAAGACAAUCGUCUUUUACUCUCUCCCUGACCAUGCGCAGUUUUACUCGGAGUUCAUGGACACGCCGUUCCAGGUGUCCAAGAAUAAGAGCGGGGAGGAGGUGGAUGUGGAUGAGGCGGAGGUGUCGAGUAGGGUGCUAUUCUCGAGGUUUGAUGUGCUGAAGUUGGAGAGGGUGAUUGGAACUGAGAAUGCGAGAAAGUUAUUGAAGAGCGGAGAUGGGAGAUUUGAGUUUAUCUAG